AUGUUUGUCGACUCUCUCUGGUCUCUGUUGUUUUUGCUGUUGGCUCUGACUGCCAUAGUCAGGGCUGCCGAAGAAAGUGAUUUUGUGGCUCUGACUCUUCCCGAUGUUUCCUCUGUGACCAGCAUUCGCAUUGCACGAUCCUGUGGUGGAUCAAAAUUUGAUAUUCCCAAGACCAUGUUCACCAUUCGACCCAGUGAAGCCAACAGCACUAGUAGCCUUGAAGUCAAGACGUACCCUGCCAAUCUCGUGACUGCCAGUGUGGACAAUGAAUUCUUGACGUUUACCUACAACCAAGAUGUGGGACCCUCCGCCCAAGAAGGAGGUGUCCUCAUCACCAUGCCGUAUGACCAGCUCUCGGGAGUACAGGCCGCUACCAGCGAAGAAGUCCAAAUUCUCCCCGGAUUUACCAAAAUUUUUUCACUUUCCGCAUCCACCAGUGCCAAACUCACGGCUGAUGGGAGUACACUUGUGGGCGAGGCAUCGCUCCAGGUCGACGUGACCACGUCGGCAGAGAUGAAAUUCCUCUCGGGUCGACCCAUUACCGGAUUGGAUGUCAGUACAUCUGCGAAUUUUGACUAUCAGGGAGACUUGACUGGUUCCUGUAAUGUGGCAACAUCUGGCGACUUGGAAAUGAAGGGAAAUUUGCUAGGACCCGCCACCUGCGAUGUGACUACCAGUUCUGAUGCCACCAUUGAGGGCAGUCUCUUAGAGAAUACUGUGAUCAAUGUGGGAACCUCGGCAGAUCUCAAAGUCACGGGAUCUGUAUGGGGGAAAAUUGAGGCCAGCACUUCCUCCGAUGUGACUGUCACCAGUUGUACCAAUGUCACACUCUCCACCAGUGCUGACUGCAAUGAAAAGAAUCCGGUGGACGAAACAGUGACAGUAAAGGUGGAUCCACAGUCCUUGACAUUGACGGGAACCAACAAAUGUUCUGGUGCAUUUGCACGUUACUCCAAUCUUGUUUUGCUGCCCUCUGUGGUGGUGUCCAUGCUGAUGUUUGGGGGGUGGUAG